UUUUAUUUGACUAUAAAAGAACGAAAAUUUGCAAUUCUUGUACCGUUGUUCAACGUGUUCUACAUUUAGAAAACGAAGUAAUUUGCAGAGGUUAAAAAAAUAUUAUUUACUUACUAUUUUGAAAUUUAGUGUUGGCCGCUUAAAGUUAUAACUUAUAAUAUCGAAAAUGAAAGCUGUUUUGGUACCAGUCAUUUUGGGUUGUUUAAUAGCUGCAUCAUAUGGAGCAUUGGACAGAGGUAAAUUUCCACCAAAAAUUUUGGAAAACCUAAAUGAAUGGCAUAACAAAUGUAAGAGAAUGACUGGAACUACCGAGGCAGACAUUACGGAAAUGAUUAAUGGACGUUUUCCAGAAAACAUUGCCAUUAAGCGAUACCUUUACUGCUUAUGGGAAAUUAUAGUUGGCAUCAAAAAAGGAUUUGAUAUCGAUGUUGAACAGAUAUGGCAUUAUUUACCAAACAUGCAUAAAGCUGACUACGUAAAUUACGCUCUAUGCCACAAAAAAGCAAAGGAAACGCCUGGAGAUGACUGGGUCGAGAAAAUCUGGCAGAUGCAAAAAUGUAACCAAAAGAGAAUCGAUGCUGAACAUUACAUCUUCUUCUAAAGAUAAGGUACUCAAAUUCCACUGAUAUAGUCCCGCUGAAAUUCCAUUGGUAUUUGGUAGUAUAUUAUAAUGUAAAGAAAAUUAAUGAAAUAAAUGAAAAUAAAACCUA